UUCUGAUUGCUAUAAAACAUUAAUCCGGUUUGUUACUAAAUUUGUGAAUAAAAACAAGCAAUGAGGCGUAAAAAUAAUAAAAUAAAUUCAAUUAGAUAUUAAUACGAAAUCAAUUGAUUGUGUGCAGCGUUUAAACAAUAACUACCCCUUUAAAACUUAAAAAUGUGGAUAAUCAACGCGAUUGUGGUGCAUUUAUUAUUACUUGGCUCCAUAUUUGUUAUAUAUUUUCGUUCACCAAUCAUAGCUGGUUUGCAGCCGCAAAAGCCAAUACAUUUGGAAGCGCCUGCAAAACGACUAGUGCUCAUUGUGACUGAUGGUUUGCGUGCAGAAUCGUUUUUUCGUAAUGGCUGUGAAGACAUACCAAAUUUAAGUAAAUUAAUAUUAAAAACAAAUGGUUUGGUGGGCAUUUCACAUACGCGUGUACCAACUGAAUCAAGACCCGGUCAUAUAGCGCUCAUCGCUGGUCUAUAUGAAGAUCCAUCGGCUGUAACACGCGGUUGGAAACGUAAUCCUGUCGAUUUUGACACCGUAUUCAAUCGCAGUCGGCAUACAUACGCUUGGGGCGCUGCAGAUGUGCUGCAUAUAUUUUCACGUAUGGGUGGCAUAGAGAGUGAGCAAAGGCUACUUAUUGACGCAUAUGACCACGAACUGGAUUUCUCUGGUCGUGAUAAAACCUAUGAAUUAGAUGACUGGGUAUUUGAACGUGUGCGCCAACUACUCGCACGCAAGCGCGUGGAGCUACGUGAGCAGAAGCAAAUUAUUUUCUUUUUACAUUUGUUGGGCUUAGAUACGGCUGGGCAUGUGCAUAAGCCUGGAACGCCAAAUUUCUUAGAAAAUUUGCAUCGCACUGAACGAGGUAUAACGGAGUUAUAUGAGGAGUUCGAGAGCGUAUUUCCAGAUAACCGCACUGCUUAUGUGUUGACUUCUGAUCAUGGCAUGACAAAUGCGGGAUCGCAUGGCUCCAGUGACGCAUUUGAGACUGAAACACCGUUCUUCCUUUGGGGCGCCGGUGUUACUAACGAUAUUAGCUGUGAAAAUAAAUAUAAGAUUGGCGACGACAUCACGCGUCCCCGCUGUAACAUGCAACAAGCGCAAAUAGCUCCAAUUAUGUCAGCUUUAAUUGGCAUUGCGCCACCAUUGAAUAACGUUGGUAUACUACCGUUACAAUACUUAAAUGCUACGCCCGAAUAUAAAUCGCACGCGGCGCACAGCAAUGCUUUGCAGCUUUUAGCACAAUUUCAAGCGCUUUUGACUGCACAUCAGCGUGGACUCUUCUCAGGUUAUCUAUUAGGUUACAAUGAACUCAAUGAAGCAGUUAUUGCACAAUAUUUAGUGCAUACAGAAAAGUAUAUGCGAAAUGGUCAAUAUGAGGAUGCAAUUAACGGCAGUUAUAACAUAAUGCAGCUUGCUUUAAAAGGCAUCGAGUAUUAUCAGGGUUAUUAUCGACGUCCAUUGCAGCUUAGCACCACAGCCACGUUUAUAUGUUGGAUUAUCUAUUGUCUACAAUUGCUACUAGGACAACAACAAAUGAUGAAGCGUUCUCAAGCCCGCUUAACGGUAACAUUUAAGCAAAAGCUGGGUCUACUUGUCACCUGCGUGUUGCUGCUAUUGCAGCGUGUGCCAUUGGUGAUAGCGUUUUAUCUGCUGCUACCGUUACUAGUGUGGCUGUUGUUAGUGCAGAAGCAAGGCAUCUCUUUACUGCCACUCCUGCGUGCUAUGCCGCUAAUACAAUUGUUGGCCUUAGUUUUGUGCGCCGAAUUGUUUGUCUACAGUUUCUUUGAGCGCAAACUUAUUUCCCUAAGUUUUCUCAUUUACUCAGUAUUUAUUAAUUUACGCGCUUUUCCAGCUAAAAAUGUCAAGUUUUACAUAUGGCUUGUGUUAAGCUUAAUUUUGGCUACAUUUCCGCUGCUGCCGCCAACUCUUGGCUACACAAACACAUGGUUGCUGCUGCUCGGCAUGUGCGUCACGUUGCUGCGCCCAUUUGCCGUUAAGUCACACAUCCAUUGGCAUAUAAAAGUGCCAGCGUUGGUGUGCUUAAUCAACGCUUUGCUUGUCAGUUACUGGCAUGCGCAACAAAGCGGUGUACCAUUCAUAUCGCACGCACUCUCCUGGUGUUUUCUGUUGUAUGUUUUUGCUUUAAUUACUUUUCAUCGAACGUCCGUUUUGAAGCAACGCAUUGAGCUUCUAUUUUUCCUUUUAACCUCCCUGUACACUUUACUCUGCACAUCCUAUGAAUCGCUUUUCAUUGUAAUGCUUUCUUCAGAGUUGAUGCUCACACUGGCCGUGCAGCCCAUGCAACUGCCUUUAUCACGCAGGCUAAGUGACUCCCAACCGCAAAGUCGGAAAGGACAGCCGCUGGGCGUCAACUCACCACAGCAAUUGCAAGCGGCGCUCAAGUUGUCCUUCACCAUAUUACUCUAUACACUCUUCUCCUUUUUCGGCACCGGCAACAUUGCAUCGGUCAGCUCCUUCGAUCCGAAUAUUGUGCGCUGCUUUUUGAGCACUUUCGCGCCUUUCAUUAUUAUGGCAUUGGUCAUAUUGAAAUUAGUCAUUCCAGUUGUGUUGAAUAUAACAAUUAUUUAUGGCAUGUCGUCAUUCGCACGCGCCAAUGAGCAGGCCAUCUUCAUUUGUCUGCUGCUAAUCUGUGAUGUGAUGGGUUUGAAUUUUCUAUUUUUGGUUAGAAAUGAAGGCUCAUGGCUGGAAAUUGGCACAUCGAUUUCGCACUUUGUCAUUAUGGAGGUGACCACAGUGGUGCUGGUGAUUUUCACAUAUUUCGCCAAAUUGUUGUUGCGUUUAAAUGAAAAGGUGCAAAAUGUGGAGUAGGAGAUAAUUUAAGUAGUAUUAUUUAUGUAAAAAAAAUAUGUACAUAAUUAUUGUUUUUUAUGUUGUUAUU